ACCCCGCCCCCUCCCAGCAAAAGGAGAAAUCGCAGCCCCUGCCGGACAGGGGCUACCUUCACCAUGAGCUCAGUCACAGCUGCAGUAGGGAAUCUGAGCUACGUCCGAGAAUUCACACGCCAUGCAUCAGAUGUGCUCUGGAACCUGAAUGAGUUACGCCUUCGUGGGAUCCUCACCGAUGUCACGUUGCUAGUGGGAGGUCGGGCCCUCCGCGCUCACAAGGCAGUCUUGAUCGCCUGCAGUGGCUUCUUCUAUUCGAUUUUCCGUGGCCAGGCAGGGGUGGGAGUGGACUUACUAUCUUUACCUGGAGGUCCUGAAGCUGGUGGCUUUGCCCCUCUUUUGGAUUUUAUGUACACGUCUCGCCUACUCCUUUCACCAGCCACGGCCCCAGCCGUUCUGGCGGCAGCCACCUAUCUGCAGAUGGACCACGUGGUAGAGGCCUGUCACCGCUUCAUCCAGGCAAGCUAUGAGCCCAUAGGCAUCUCUCUGCAACCACUUGAUGCAGAAUCACAGGCACCCCCUAUGCCAGCAGCGCCACCAGAAGGUAGCCCUCACCGAUUUGAGGGGCACCCGGACCCCCCAACAGAGUCCCGCAGUUGUUUCCAUGGUCCUCCCAGCCCUGCUAGUCCACCUAGUCUUGACCCCGCAGCCUGUAACUGGAAGAAAUACAAGUUCAUCAUUCUCAACUCCAGGACAGCCCAAGCAGGGACUCCCGCAGAGAAGGCAGAUGCUGCUGCCGGACCACCUGCCUCAGGAAAGCCUGCCAGUGUCGAGGAAGCCUCUAGCAGCAGCGGGGAGGAGGGUUCCUGUUCGGGGACUGGGAGAAGGCUCUCUCCGGCUCUUGAUCCUGCCUUGCUGCUCCCUCAUCCCAGCCAGAGAAACCUCGGAUCGCCCUCAGAAGCCUCCGGUCCGCGACCAGGUUUCUUCAGCUGCCAGGACUGUGAGGCGGGGACUGGCAGUCGGGCAGAAGGGCGGGCAAGGUCCCUGACCCCCCACAGCCCCGGGAACGAAGACAAACCCUACAAGUGUCAGCUCUGCCGAUGCACUUUCCGCUACAAAGGCAACCUAGCCAGUCACCGCACGGUGCACACAGGCGAGAAGCCAUAUCACUGCGACAUUUGCGGGGCCCGUUUUAACCGACCCGCCAAUCUCAAAACACAUAGCCGAAUCCAUUCUGGAGAGAAGCCUUACAAAUGCGAGACCUGCGGUUCUCGCUUCGUGCAGGUGGCACACCUCCGUGCACACGUGCUGAUUCACACGGGAGAGAAGCCCUAUCCCUGUUCCACCUGUGGAACUCGUUUUCGACAUCUGCAGACACUGAAGAGCCACGUGCGCAUCCAUACCGGGGAGAAACCAUAUCAUUGUGAACCCUGCAACCUGCAUUUCCGACACAAGAGCCAACUGCGCCUGCAUCUUCGACAGAAACAUGGUGCUGCCACCAACACCAAAGUCCAUUAUCAUGUUCUGAGGGCCCCUUGUUGAAGGCCAGAAUGAGUGACACAGCUUCCUUCUUGUUUCCUGGUUCCAGACCUGAUCUUAAUCUGGUUUUUCAACGGGGAGAGCAGGGGUAGCAGAUCUAUUAGAUCUGUUUCCGUUUUGCUGGUCAAAAUCUCUUCCCUUUCAGAUUUUUUUUUUGCCUAGUUCCCUAACACUUGUUAGAUUGAAUGGGGGAGGGGGGGUGGAACAGAAAACUCCUAGCAUCUCAUUACAGUUCCCCUGUAGAUAUAAUUUAUUGGAGUUACUGGGUGGGAUUGAUGGUUUUCUCUCACUCUGAACUGUAUUCCCUAUUUUCAUUCCUACCCUUCCCCAUGAAUGAAUUAUGUGGCCAGAAGUUAUCCAUAGUAACGUGAGGUCACAGCUCUGCUGGCAGAGACAAGCCUGGGGUCCCCUCCAUACUUAAGCUUGAAUAUUUCAUAUAAUUCAUAUUAUAGUUAUUAUACUUAAACUUUUUUUUGGAAAACUAUUAUACAAGAGAUAGGAACCUCUAUUCUAGAGCAGUUUAAGAACUCUGGGGAGUAAUGAAGCCAAGCCAAGCCAUUCUGGAAAGGAAUGGGUCUCGGAUCAAGGCUCCUCUGUUCUUCUAGAACAGUCUGACCCCUUGGGUAAUCUAGAUAUAGGAAAAAUAAAACCUUCACUAUGACUUUAUAGAAGGUUUAGGGAGCACUGCAUUAUUCCAAAACGGGGGCUGGUAACCUCCAGAAACCUCAUUGAUCCAUACUUUGUCACCUAGAAGAGGGGGACUGAAUCCUUCAUGGUGAUUCUGGAUAUAAAAUGAUAAAAGUCUUGAAUUUUCUCUUAUUACUGUAGAGUUGGGUCUGGGACCUAACAUGACAUUUUAAAAAUUAGCUCUUAGUUGUACAAAAACUGGGAAACCUCCAUGUUGGCUCUAGAGGGGAAUCUAGAAUUCCUAGCUAUCCUAGAGUUCAGCCUGCUGGGCUGCUGGAACUCCAACUGUGACAUUUUCCAGUUCUUGAUAUUGUUGUCUGGAAUGACAAGGACUCGGGAAUGGCUAAGCUGAUGUACUAGAGAGUCUGCCUGGGUCUGUGACCCUUUUCCUUUAGCAUUUUCUCUUUCAGAGAAAACCAUUUCCUUGACUCUGGAUGUUGCCUCAUUGGUUUCCUACUGUACCUAGAAAACUUUCCUUUUGCUCAAGAAGUCUUUGAGUCUGUCUAAUACUUUGUUGUUUAUUUGUUU